AGCGAGAGGCCAGAGCCCCCGAACCCGGGCGCCGAACCCGCGCCCCUAGCCUUCUCCGCACGCCGGUCCCGAAGCUGCUGGAGCUCGGGUCUGGAGUGCGGGUCGGUGUAGCCGAGGUGGCCUCCCGAGCGCCCGCGUCUGGCGGUACUUCCGGCGCAGGUGACCGUCGCCUCCUCGCGCGCGCUACCGCCGCCCCGCCGCCACCCCGUCACCAUGGCGACGCCGUCGCGCCGAGGCCCGUGGAACCUGCCGAGCGGCCAGGGUGCGGCGCGGCGUGGCGCGGGGACGCGCGCAGGCCUGGCGGCGGCGGGACGAGGCUCUCGAGGGAUGAAUCUAAUAAGGAAGGAGUGACCUGGAGAGGAGGAGCAGGACAGAAGACUCUAGGAGGACAGCAUUCUCUCUGUGUUGGAUACCUGAGGAGUCUCGGAGAAGUGACCUAGCCUUUAAGGAGCAGGGCAGGACACUUCUGGAGAGAGCGUCGUGGGAUUAAUCUAGAGCAGAACCCAAGAGGCUGGGGUCUCAGAAUGGAGCACUGUCCUGCGUCUGUCCCUGCUGCAUUGCCAUAUUAUGUGGCCUUCUCCCAGCUGCUGGGCCUCACCGUGGUGGCUGUGACUGGUGCGUGGCUGGGUCUGUACCGAGGCGGCAUUGCCUGGGAAAGCUCACUGCAGUUUAACGUGCACCCACUCUGCAUGGUCAUAGGCAUGAUCUUCCUGCAAGGAGAUGCUCUGCUGGUGUACCGUGUCUUCAGAAAAGAAGCCAAACGCACGACCAAGAUCUUGCAUGGGCUGCUUCACGUCUUCGCCUUCAUCAUCGCCCUGGUGGGCUUGGUGGCUGUGUUCGACUACCACAAGAAGAAGGGCUACGCUGACCUGUACAGCUUGCACAGCUGGUGUGGGAUCUUAGUCUUUGUUCUUUACUUUGUGCAGUGGCUCGUGGGUUUCAGCUUCUUCCUGUUCCCCGGAGCUUCAUUCUCUCUGCGGAACCGUUACCGCCCUCGGCACAUUUUCUUUGGCGCCACCAUCUUCCUCCUCUCUGUGGGCACAGCCUUACUGGGCCUAAAGGAGGCCCUGCUGUUUAAACUUGGGACCAAGUACAGCACGUUUGAACCUGAGGGGGUCCUGGCCAAUGUGCUGGGCUUGCUGCUGGUCUGUUUUGGGGUGGUUGUACUGUACAUCUUGGCUCAGGCUGACUGGAAGCGGCCAUCCCAGGCUGAAGAACAAGCUCUCUCCAUGGACUUCAAGACACUCACAGAGGGAGACAGCCCCAGCCCCCAGUGAUUGCCUUCCUUGUCCUGCACAGGGGGCUGCAUGCAGAUGGUCCUCUUGGCUCUGCGGGUUUCCAGAUGUCUUUUUGCUUAUCCCUGCAAAUACUGAGUCUUUUAGGUCCAGGAAUGUGGGGCAGUGUUGUUGGUUUAGUGGGGUUCCAGGCUUUGGAGUUGUUCUCAGUCUCCCUUCUUCCCCUUCCUCUCUGUAGCAUUUAAUGCGACCCGUGUGAGCUGUGAGUAGAUUCUGCCUGUACCCCCUGCUGUCCAUUCACAUGCAGAAAGCUUGGUUAGGGGAUCUGGGGUCACUCCUGGCCCUGAUCCUUAUUGGAGCUAGACAGUAGCCCCACCCUCCAUGCUGCAGAUGGCUGGGGCUGGGCCUGAGGGACUGGCAUGGGGAAGUGAAGACUGCUCCUUUGUGUAUUCAACCCAGGAGUUCCAGCAGCUUGGGAAGCACGUGUCCUUGGCAGUAGAGCAAGUGAUAUUAUGUGUAAAGUAUGCUGGUGUUCAGAGUAAGGCUCCCCAGAAAGGUUGACUCUGGCUCCCGAAGGAGCCUUGGCGUGUGGGCUGGCCACAGUCUUAGACCUUUCUGUUCUUUUCAAAUCUCUGAUCCUUAAAGAGGCUUUUCAUGGGGAAGGGGAUUGGUGAUCAAAACACAGGUAAAUUCUUGCUCGUAGAGGAGGGCAGGCUGCUAGCAGUGAGGGCCUCCUGGCCUCCCUCAGCAGGGUCUGAGCCCCAGUUUCCUUCUGCAGGCCUGCCUGGGCAGGCUCUGAGAGUGGGAGGCCACACACCUCCUGAGAUUUUGGAAGAGGGCAGCUGUUUGUCUUGUUCUCCAGGCGGGUACUGGGGUUCCCUGGCUUGGUUGAAGCAGUGCUGGGGGAUCAUGGUCCUCUCAGUCCCGGGUCCAUCAUUGCUGGACAAUAGGACUGAAGUGGAACAGAGGAAUGGGAUUGGUCUUCUGUGGUGCCUGCACUUAGUUUCAACCCCCUACUGCCUGCUGUGUUGUUAGCUGAGUCACUGUUUGGCUUGAGUCUAGAAAUACUGGGAUUAGAGCACUAAUCUUGUGUUCUCUGGCUUGGCACACGCUCUCUUCUUGUUUUCCUUCUCUCUUGGAUUUUGAGCCUCACAAUUUGUGACACCAUGGUUAACUUAGUGAGGAAAUGAAUAGUUUCUGAACCUGGCAGUUCUUUUGGGUCAAUAGGCUGGCCUUCUCUGUCAGAUUUGUAAUAACUGUGCUGUGGGUCCUGCUUCUGGUGAUGUCUCUUCUCCCAGCUGUGGUGUAGCCCCUCUCCCUGAUGCUACCUAGCACCCUGGCCUUCUCUCCUGUCUCUCCGUUUGCUGGGAUGAUGAGAUUUGCCUCAAGUUUCAAUUGUAUAUGCUAUAAGGACAGGGAAUCUUAGAAAUUCUGCUAUCAGUUGCCACACUUGUAUAGUCAAAUGUUUACAUUUGGGAGACUCAUCCUUAGACAAACUAACGAGUACCAUUGUGAGUCUCCCUAGCCAGACUACACAGAGAAUUAGAAUUUAGGUCUGCAAUGAGAGUCUGUAAACUAGACUUUUUGCCAAAGUGUAUUAUACAUGACUAAGGACCAAAGAAGGCCCCCCAAGCAGAUGUCUGUGGUUUCUUCUUUUUCUUCUGUAUCCUGUGACAUACAGUGUGUUGUUGGUGCAACAGACGAAUCAAUAAAUGUCUACAGCCGA